UGGGUGAUAUCCAGCCAAGCCUCAGCACUAACCACCUAUGCCCUCCCUCUAACGAGCAACGCUUCACCAGUACAAACAUUCAAAUACACCCUUUCCAAACCGGGGCAGAUCCCCUCAAGGCAGGACGCGCCCCAUCCACAUGCAGUAUUUCUCGAUCCGUCGGGAGGAUUCCUCGUAUCGCCGGAUUUAGGGGCUGAUGUGGUGCGUGUUUAUGCUAUUAGUACUAACCAGACGGUUGACUCUGGGGGUGCUGUUCUUCACGAAUGUGCUGUCUUCCCUGUGAAGGCAGGUGAUGGGCCUAGGCAUGGUGUUUUCUGGAGCAGUACCCAGACCAACACCAACACCAACACCCAGACACAGACACAGCAGAGCUACAGCUCUAACUACAGCUACAACUACAGCAAUACUACUACACUGCUCUACAUCGUCAACGAACUCGCCAACACAGUCACCGCAUACACUGUCUCCUAUAACGACAGCUCAACCUGCCUCUCCCUCUCCCCAAACCAAGUCAUAACGCCCUAUCCCAACGGUACAUCCAUCCCCGAAACAGCCAACGUAGCAGGUAUCCACGUGCUCGACAAAAACCUCUACGUCUCUGUGCGGAAUGAUCAUGCCUUCCCGUCAGAGGAAAACAGCGACUCGAUGGCCACGCUGGCAAUAUCCGACGAAACUGGCGAAUUGUCUUUCAGCGCGCUCACGCCCUCCUUCGGCCAGACACCGCGCACCUUCGCCAUCAACGUCGCCGGCGACCUCGUCGCUAUCGGCGAUCAGGUAUCGAGUAAUGUCGCUGUCGUUAAAAGGGAUCCUCGCACGGGGAAGUUGGGGCCGUUGGUGGCCAGUUUGCGGGUUGGGACGCCGGGAAAGGUUGGCGAGAGUAGUGGGUUGAGUAGUGUUGUUUGGGGGGAGUAA